GUCAUCUACCUAUGAUACCCGUAGCAUUGGUUUGGUAUCGGUAACUACCGGUACAAUCAGCGGCCACUUGUCUGCAUUUUCAAUAGUAUUUUUACAAUCGUAGCUAUUUUAAUGCUACGCUUAGAUUCGUGCUUUGUUGUAAGUUGUAAGGCGUCUUUGAAGUUGUGAAAUCGUGUGUAUGUGAUGCAGGCUACAGUACAGUAACUUUAGCAUGCUACUGUACAGUAGUUUAUUUUCGGUUCAAGUGUAUAACAGUUUUAUUCAACAUGUAUCAGUCAUGGAUUAGCUAAUACAUGUAUUAUGUUAUCUAGUUUAAUGGUGUGAUAAUCGGGAUAUUUGCCUUGCAUUUCAAUCUACACAUGAAUAUGGGUCUGCAAUGUAUUGCAAUGUUAGGUAGGCUACUCAAUUCCCUUGGCAUUCUGCAAGCAUGAAUACUUUACAAUAAUGGAAGAUAUGCAUUGUGUUAAUCUUACUAUUUGUCCAUGUAUUGAAUGAUACACAGCUUUCCAUAAAUGCAGUGUGGACUUUUUACAGAUGAAACCCCUUCCAUUAUGACACUCCCUUCCUGUAUCUGUCAUAAAGGCCUAUGCAUUCUUUGUCCUUUAGUUACACAACUAAAUCUAGUAUCUGUCACUUACCUUUCAUGCUGUAGAUCUGCUGUCAUGGUGCUGAGAAUGCUUAGUACUGUAUCUGUCACUUAUGUAUUCUCUGUAUGUAUUAGGUAUGAACCCUUGGACAUACAGGUACCUCCAGCGCUCCCUCCUGCCUCACGUUCGGCCCCUGUCCCUGGUGAUCUACCCCAGACCCCCUUGUAUCCACCCCAGGCUUCUGAACUUGCCCCAGUGGGGUGAAGACCAGAAGAGGGUGAUGUCCUUCCUGCCUCUCUCUCUCUCUCUCUCUCCCUUAAAUGCAGCUGGUGAUUCCAGAGAGCCGGCGGGCAUCUCUCAACAAGAAGCAGCAGUGGAUUGACCGGAUGCUGUUUACCAGGAGCCUCCUACAGAGCUCACAGUUCAUCACUGUCCUUUCCCUGGUGGGGUGAAGAUCAGAAGAGGGUGAUGUCCUUCCUGCCUCAGAAAGUGCUGGGUGGAGAAGUUCAGUGAUGUUCCACAGUGCAAUAAGUUCUUCAUGGAGGGGACAACUCCAAAUCUCCCAGGUAUUUUGGUUAAUGGGACAGUCCAGGACCAGAACCGCUACAAGCCGAUCUGCCAGUUGUUCAACAUCUUCUACAGGUUUGCAACUCUCUACGACACGAUCAACAGAAUCCCUGUGUUCUCAGCCUACACCUUCACUGGUCCUCCUACGGGCCCCAGACCAAAUCAACGCUGGAUGAUCGAGCCCCAGCUUGAAGAUAAACAUUACACACGUGACAUGAUGGUGGCAGGUAGACGUCUAAGAGUCGAGCACCAGGCUACGAACGCAGACUACAAGGUAAAAAUAAAGGGCAUGCAUCUGGACAGAGGUCACCUAUUCCCAUGUUCGUAUGCUGAUGAUGAUACCAUGAGGUCCACUUUCACCCUGACAAACGCCGUUCCACAGGAAAGAGGCUUCAACCAAGGCAGAUGAAGUCAAAUGGAGUGCAAAGUCAGAAAAUAUCUUGAGCGUAACUGUAAGGAAGCUGAAGACCAGAUGAAAGCCUAUGUGGUGACUGGAGCAGUGCCCAGCAACAACAAACUGAACAAACGAGUGAACAUCCCGGAUCUUCUGUGGACAGCCUACUGCUGUAAAAACAACCUGGGACAGUGGGUGGCCGGAGCAUACUGGGGGAAGAACGUAAAGGGGGAAAAAGUGAAUUCAAAUACCUUGGGAGAACUAGAAAAAGAAUUGACGAGUUUCUACAAGGUCUUCAAGGUAUUCCCAUAUUAUUGCCCAAGAAAAGCUAUUCAAAGUGUAGAACAGGAUGAGACAGGGAGGAACAGAGAGAGAGUAUUAGAGGGUGGGGCGGGGCAAAAGAGGAGCGGGAAAGGGAGCAGAGAGAGGAGCAUGAAGAUGGCGAGAAGAACAGGGGAUGAGUUAAAGGAAUGUGAUGAGGAGGAUGGAUGUGAUUGUGACUGUGAUAAAAAAUGAUGAGUUUUGUUUUCCCACAACUAUUGAGUACACAUCCCCUAAGUUAUAAGGGUUAUAAGUGUUAAGUAAUAAUGGUUAUAAGGGGUAGCAAAUUUAGCAAAUUUGAGUCUUAGCCAAUGAGCAUCAGCCCCUCACAUGUGAGUGAAAACUAGUGUGGUGGCAGAAUUUGUGUUGAACUGUUGUAACUUCUCAAGGGACAUGUUCUGUGUUGGACUGUGAUGCCUUUCAUAGAGUCCUGGUGUGUCUGGACCUUAAACACAAGGCCAUUGUGUUCUGGAACUGUUGCUGGUAUAAAUAACUGUUGUGUAACAAUCUGAUG